GAACACCACCACCACUGCAGCUGCUGCUAUCAGAUUACGAUAGUGAACCAUCCAUCGCCUCCACCCUUCCUUCACUUACGAUUGAUACCGCAUUGAUACCCUUCUGCGACGACAUAAUUCUCCAUCCCGACCAAGACCAGCACAUCCAUCAAUAACAAAGCCAACAAACCGCCAACAUGGUCCGCAAGCUCAAGCACGCGGAACAGAAGCUUCUUCGGAAGACCGACUUUAUCAACUACAAGUCGGACAACAAGCACAGAGAUCACGAUGUCGCCAGACGGUACAUGAUUCAGAAGCCCGAGGACUAUCACAAGUACAACAGGAUGUGCGGUUCCCUCCGCCAACUCGCCCAUCGCCUCAGUUUGCUUCCCCCAGACAAUGAGGUGAGGCGAAAGCACGAGGAGCUUUUGCUCGACAAGCUUUACGACAUGGGCAUUCUUUCGUCCAAGUCCAAGCUGUCGCAGGUGGAGCACCAGGUCACAGUCUCGGCCUUUGCCAGGAGGCGACUUCCCGUCGUUAUGACCAGACUUCGUAUGGCCGAGACCGUACAAGCAGCAACCAAGAUGAUCGAGCAAGGCCACGUACGUGUCGGUGUUGAAGAGGUCCGUGAUCCUGCUUUCUUGGUGACGAGGAGUAUGGAGGACUUUGUCACUUGGUCUGUCGGCAGCAAGAUCAAGCAGAACAUUAUGAAGUAUCGCGACAAGCUUGACGAUUUCGAGCUUCUCUAAGUGGGAGAGUGCGGCUGCGGACAUGUCGGAAAUGUUAAUGGUUCGUUGGAGUGGUGGCUGGAAAAUGGAACACUGGGAAAGAACAUGUUAUUGCGUUGUUUGCAAGUUGGCAUUGGGUGGAGUGCUCACAUGCGAGCAAUCUUCUGUGGCGUUUAGGGUAAAGGCAUUCAAAAUUUGUGAAAGGAUUUCAAGAUACCACCAUUCAGGUUUCCAGGUCAAUAACUCGGAGUUGCGGAGGUGCAGGGCUCUUUCAGUUGAACUUGCAGUGUCGAUGUCUAAAGCCUGGUGAGUCUUCCUUCCGAACUACCACCAGUUAUCUGACAAUAUCACAAGACCUGGGUGCUCCUGCGUUCUUUCUGUUCAGUUAGGUUCCUCGAAACUGGCAGCACACGGAACAAAACAUCCGGCGAGCCUCGCUCCUUCCCUAAAGUACA